GUUGGAACCACACACACACACACGAAGGGGGAGGGAUACGCUCGCGCUGGUCUGUGGCGUUUCCAUGCGUAAAGGGAACGUACCCCGAUAAUAAUUCCAGAGUGUAUAAAGUAGUCCGUGUAUGUGGUUGCAGCCAGGGACGUAAGAGACAUCGGUACUUUAACCUCUCAAAGGUACAAAGGGCUGAACGCUUAGUCAUUAUUUAGGAGCGCAACUGUGCGUUCACGCCUCCGCGCGUGAAGUAACCAAGCCGGUGGUGCAAGUCACUGUUACCCAACUUACUGAAAUAAAAGAGUCGUGUAACAUGGCAGCCACGCGGAUGCAGUUGCUGUCACCUAGAAACGUGCGGCUUUUGAACGGGGGGCGAAACGAGCUGUUAGCCGGUGGUGGUGGCUCCAGGGUCCGCGCACUCACCUCCUCUCCCGCUCUGUCGUCCUCCUCUCCCGGCAGAGCUCUAUCCAGUCUGAGCGCGACGCGGCGUGGGCUCCCCAAAGAGAAAAUGACCGAGAACGGAGUGUCGCCACGGGCCAAGGUGUUGACCAUCGACACCAUGAACCCCACGGUGAAGAAGGUGGAGUACGCCGUGCGGGGGCCCAUCGUGCAGCGGGCUAUGGAGCUGGAGAGGGAGCUCUCUGAGGGAAUCAAGAAGCCUUUUGUGGAAGUCAUCAAGGCCAACAUUGGCGACGCGCAUGCUAUGGGCCAGCAGCCAAUCACUUUCUUCCGACAGGUCUUGGCGCUGUGCUCCUACCCUGAACUCCUGAAAGACAGCACAUUCCCAGAGGACGCUAAAAGUAGAGCGCGCCGCAUUCUUCAGUCCUGCGGGGGGAACAGUAUGGGUUCGUACAGUGCCAGCCAGGGCAUAGACGCUGUGCGCCAGGACGUGGCCCGCUACAUUGAGCGAAGAGAUGGCGGUGUGCCCUGCGACCCAGACGACAUUUACCUCACCACAGGGGCCAGCGACGGCAUCAUGACCAUGCUGAAGCUGCUGGUGUGUGGCGAGGGCGCGUCCCGUACAGGCGUCAUGAUCUCCAUACCUCAGUAUCCGCUGUAUUCGGCCACGCUCACCGAACUGGACGCCGUGCAGAUCAACUACUACCUCAACGAGGAGAAGUGCUGGAGUCUGGACAUCAGUGAGCUGCAGCGUGCCCUGGAUGAGGCCCGGCGCCACUGCAACCCUCGAGCCCUGUGCAUCAUCAACCCCGGAAACCCCACCGGUCAGGUUCAGAGCAGACAGUGCAUUGAGGACGUAAUCCGAUUCGCCGCACAGGAGCGUCUCUUCCUCAUGGCUGACGAGGUGUACCAGGAUAAUGUGUAUGCUGACGGUUGCCAGUUCCACUCUUUUAAGAAGGUUCUGUUUGACAUGGGGCCAGAGUACUCAGACACAGUGGAACUGGCAUCCUUCCACUCAACCUCCAAAUGUUACAUGGGAGAGUGUGGCUUCCGCGGAGGCUACAUGGAGAUCCUCAACAUGGACGAUGACGUGAAGGCCCAGCUGUCCAAGCUGGUGUCUGUCCGUCUGUGUCCCCCUGUUCCUGGACAGGCUCUCAUGGACCUGGUGGUCAACCCGCCGCAGCCCGGUGAACCCUCACAUGAGAAAUUCAUCAAGGAGCGCACGGCCACGUUAAGUGCCUUAGCAGAGAAGGCCGCGCUUACAGAGCAGGUCCUCAAUACCGUUCAAGGCAUCAGCUGCAAUCCUGUGCAGGGCGCCAUGUACUCCUUCCCUUGCAUAACCAUCCCCGAAAAGGCCGUCAAAGAGGCCACGGACAAAGGUCAGCAGCCAGAUAUGUUUUACUGCAUGAAGCUGCUGGAGGAGACGGGCAUCUGCCUCGUACCCGGAAGUGGCUUCGGUCAGAAGGAGGGAACCUACCACUUCAGAAUGACCAUCUUGCCACCGAAAGACAAGCUGACGAUCCUGCUGAACAAAGUCAAGGAGUUCCACCAGAAAUUCCUACAGCAGUAUUCUUAAAUUGCCACGUCUCUUCCUCUUAUUUAUAAAGGGAGGAAACCAUCAACCAAAACAAAAAGAACUCUAAUAAGUGCCUUUCCUACCACGGCUCUGGUGGUCUCUGUGAUGACGCACUUCAGCAUUUAUACUCCUCUCAUUGAGACAUUCACAGACGCUUUUCAAGGCUUUGCUAGAAAACAAAACUGGACAUGAAGAAAUGAUUUCAGAGACGUGUGUGAAGUUUGAUUUGAAAAAUGUGGUUUGAACUUUGAAGGAUAUAUGUACUGUAAAUGCGUAUUUUCGAAUGAGAAAUGAAUUGUCUUUAUGAAUACCAAGCUAAAAUAUAAAGGUACAAUUGAAGGAAAGGGUAGUGCUGCUUAAAACCUUUUAGUACAACUGGUUGAAAUAUUACAUUCCCGCAGGCAGUAGUUGACAGGGAGAAUAUGCCGAACAGUCGCCAUUUGCAUGAUGAUUCAAAGGUGAUUUUGUGAAAUAAAAAUAAAUGUAGAA